CCAUGAUCAUCACUGAGCACACUGUCGAAGUCAACACGUCCACCGGGCCCAUGGCCAUCACCCUCGUCGUCCCCAAGAUCCCCGGCUACCCAAACGCCAAGUUCCCUGGUGUCGUUGUCUGGUCAGAGAUCUACCAGGUGACCGGCCCCGUCCUCCGCUUCGCCAACCAGAUCGCCGCCCAGGGCUACAUCGUCGCCGCGCCCGCCUGCUUCCACGAGUUUGACUACGGCUCGGCCGCGAUCCCGUACGACGUCAAGGGGACCGACGCCGGCAACGAGUACAAGGUCAAGAAGCUCCUCUCGGCGACCGACGACGACAUCAAGAAGGCGAUCAACACGCUUGUCGAGCACCCGAACUGCAACGGGCGCAUCGGGUCGACCGGCAUGUGCUACGGCGGCCACCUCGCUUUCCGGACGGCCCUCGACCCGCGCUGCCGCGCCGCCGUCGGCUACUUCCCAACCGACAUCCACUCGGCGUCGCUCUCGCCCGACGGCGACGACUCGCUCGAGCGCGCGUCCAAGAGCGAGAUCAAGGGCGAGGUGGCGCUCAUCUUCGGCACGCAGGACGGCCAUGUCCCGAUCGAGGGCCGCACCCUCAUCCGAGAGCGCCUCACGGCCAAGUCGGUCCAGCCGCCACUCAAGCUCACGUUCCUCGAGCUCCAGGCCAACCACGCUUUCAUACGGGACGAGAUGUCCAAGGGCCGGUUCGACGGCGCCAUCGCCAAGGUGUGCUUCGAGCUCCUCCUCGAGAUGUUCAACCGCAUCCUCGCACGAGACCUGGGCGAGCCGGUCGAGGAUAAGGGCGGCGACGGCAAGCUGGUCUGCUAGUCUCGGGAGCGGCAGGUCGUGCCUCGAGCGAGGGGUUGCAAUGACGAUGCGAGUGUAUUCUUU